UGAUCACACACAUUCUCUCAGCAACAAGCAUCACGACUGCAAAGAUGGCAUUUGCUCUCCGCGCAUUGCUUCUCGUUUGUGGGAUCAGUGUACUGUUUUCUGGAGUCUGGGCUGAUGGCUUCGUUAGAGUUCCUUGCUGUCCUAAGGGCUGGCAUCGGUUGGAUGAUCGUUGUUUCAGGGUUGUAAACAAAACAAAAAGUUUUUCUGAAGCUGAGGACUACUGCGUAGCCCUUGAAGGGAAUUUGGCCUCGGUUCGAAACAACAUUGAAGAUGAAGUAGUUCGUGCCCUGAUCGCUAAGGAUGUUGGAGCGUCAGCAACUGCUUGGAUUGGAUACAAUGAUUUAGAUAUGGAAGGAGUCUUUGUCUGGACUGAUACGGCAUCAGAAGUUUUUGAUGAAUUUGACGGUGCAGAUCCUUCCACGGAUGAUGAGGAUUGUGUCCUGAUAGCUGCGGAUAAUGAGGUUUUCUGGGAGGACGCGCCAUGCGGUGAUGAAGCUGCAUUCGUCUGCUCCCAAAGUGUGUCCUGAGACGUAACUGCCGACAUCAUGUCUUCUCCAACAGCAUCUUUUCUAUAGUGUGGGUGUCUCUUUUGAAACACCACCUGACAUCAGGGGUAUCUUUUUGUUUCUGCAUUUAUUGCAAAAUGUCUUCUUUUCCACUCUUCAUGUGUGGUUGAUUGCCAUCAGCUAGACCAAAUUUUUGACGGGCAAAGCAUAUCUAUCCA